GCCGAAACUUUUACUUCGGUCCCAGAUCCCGUGGUGAAAAGAUCGCCAGACCGCCGGGGGAAAAAAGCGAAGAGUUUGUGCUUAUCAUCCGUCGGAAAUCAAAUUUGUGGUUUGUGGUUUGUGGAUUGUGGACGGAACGAGCUGCCACUCGCCGGGCGAUGAUGCUGAUCGAGGGCGAAGGAGGUGGAAACUGCGGGCGCGGCGUGCUGAUCGUCGAGGGUGGAGGUGGAAGCGGUAGCAGUGGUGGGGGCGGCAGUCGUGUAGAUCUUUACAAUAGGCGAGCCGCCCGUUUCAAGAUGGCAGCCGACUCGGCCGUCGAGACGUGUCCGACCCAGGAAAACGCCGACUCCCGGAAGCGGCCGCUCGACACCGACGCCGAAGACGUCAAUUGCAAAAAGUCAAACUGUUCCGCAGGUGGCAAUGACGUCAUUUACCAUUUCAAGAUUCUCGUUCCAAGCGUUGCUGCUGGGGCAAUCAUUGGAAAAGGAGGAGAAACGAUUGCCCAAUUACAAAAAGAAACGAAUGCAAGAGUUAAGAUGUCAAAAGCAAACGAUUUCUAUCCUGGAACUACUGAAAGGGUAUGCCUAAUCUCCGGCAACAUAGACUCAAUUAUGGAAGCACUGGAUUUUAUUACGUACAAAAUUAGAGAAAAGCCUGAUCUAAGUGGAAAAAUUGGCAGUGAAUGUGAUGCCAAAAUUGGAGAUAGAGAAAAGCAGGUCAAAAUUCUUGUUCCGAAUACAACAGCCGGGAUGAUAAUUGGCAAAGGGGGAAGCUACAUAAAACAACUGAAAGAAGAAAGUGGAGCUUACGUGCAAAUUUCUCAGAAAGCGAAGGAUCAGUCCCUUCAAGAAAGAUGUAUUACCGUGAUGGGUGAUGUCAAUAGCAACAAAAAGGCUUGCGCUAUGAUCCUGGCCAAAGUUCAAGAAGACCCACAGAGCGGUAGCAGCUUGAACAUCAGUUACGCAGAUAUCUCAGGUCCUGUGGCCAAUUACAACCCCACCGGAUCUCCUUUUGCUCAAUCGACUAGCCAACAACCUUAUGUCACAGGUGCUUCAAUUACAUCACCAGUACCAUGGGCAGGAUUAAUAGAAUCAUCUGGAUUAGCUGGUAUCACAUUGACCAUCAAUUUGGAACCUAAUUCUUCCCCACCGCAAGCAGUUGUAUCACAGGUUGUGAAUGCUAUAUCAGUUGCUUUGGGCAAUACAGGCUAUCCAGAACUUGCAAAAGCCGAGAUUUCUACCGCCAUAUCCACAUUAGGAAAAUACAGAAUGCUUGGCGUAUGUCUAACCGGCAAUUCUCCUCCAACCACCUACGUUGGAAUUACGACAAUGGAUGGAGCGCAAACUCCGAACGGAGUUUUCGGACCGAUUGGAGGCACUACAGCCAGAACGGUUCUAGAGUUAGCCCUUGAACCAUUUCGACACACCGCGUCUGGUCCGAAUUCUCCGCCUCAUAUAAACAACAAUACUUUUGCCACUGUCGCUAAUCACGACCAAGGGGACAAAGGCAAGGAACCGAGGAAGGUUGAGAUGGAAAUUGCGGAAGCUAUUGUUGGGGCCAUAUUAGGACCUGGUGGUCGAUCUCUUAUCGAAAUUCAGCAACUGAGCGGAGCAGUAAUCCAAAUAUCAAAGAAAGGGAUAUAUGCACCUGGUACAAGGAACAGGGUAGUUGCAAUUAGUGGCUAUCAAAAUUCUGUCAACACUGCUCAAUAUUUAAUAGAACAGAGAAUUAAAGAUGAGGAAAUAAAAAGAACCCGUCAGAACCAGUUGCUAAUGCUUCAUUAAAUGUUUUAUAAAGUUUAUAAAUUGUUAUUCAAUUUAAAUUCUCUAUUGAGUCUUUUGUUUUGUUGAAAGAUUUCUAAUUUUAAAUGUUCAAAGUCAUUAUUUUUUAUUAGUUACUGGUGCUAUGGAAUAGAACUAAUUAUAGAGAAGUAAGCAGUGGAAGAUUUGGCAUAUUCUAUUCAUGUCUUGAACUAUAAUGACAUUGUUUUAUCGAAGCUUAAUUUAUUUAAAAUAUAUUAAAACUUAAUUUAAAAAAAAAGAAAGAAACAAAUAUGGCAUUCAAAAAGGAUAGUUCGUGGUCUGCUACGAUGUCAUUCACAUUCAGAUUGAUUCAUCAAGGAUAAUCCUUAUUUUUGAAAAUUGUACGUGCUAAUUAAUCACAAAAAGCACCAUGUGCACUGUUGGAUUUCGAAAAAUCACACGAGCGUUUUAAUUUCAAAACAAUUAAAAUUAAUAUCGUAUGUAAUAGCUAAAUCAUCCACUGUAUACAUUUAAAAAAUGAAAUUAUAUUGUUUAGUAACAAUUGACAAAUGGACCGUUAAAUAUAUUAAGUUUUUGGAGCAUUUCUGAUCAAAAUCAAAGGAUGGCUUGAUCGCCCUAAAAAUUACUUUUAUUUUUUUAAUCAAAUCUAUGCACAAAUUAUUUAAAUGAGAAAUAAUUGCAUAUUGGUGUAUAUUUAUUGUAAACCUGAUGAACUACUGUAUAUUAAUUAUUAAGAAAACGAUAAAGAUUCUCUUAAAAGUGGAUAAAUAUAAAAACUUCAUUUUAGUUCCUAUUAUUUUUCAUUAUUGAUUGAAUUAUUGUUAUUAUUAGUUUUGUGAUAACAGGUAAAGGUUUACAUUUGAUUAUAAAUUGUAAAUGAUAUACUCAAAUCUCAAAUGGUAGAAAAUGUUACCUCAGUUAACUGGCGGAAAGUAUCAAUUUGAAUGGUGUCACCUAGUUUUUAAAGUUUAAUUAAAAGUAGCAUUUAGUUAAAGAAAGCAAAUUAAUUUUAGUAGAAAUCUUUGUGAAGAUUUUUAGAUUGCAAAAGAUUAUAUAUUUAGGGCGAUUCCAAGUUUUAUCUUUUAUUUUGAACAGAAGUUUGUAAUAAACAUUUAUUCUCAAAUAUGAAAAUUAGUUAUAAGAAAAUUAAUUUAAUUAUGAAGUUUUAGUUUAUAUUUAGGAAACUAUUUGGGCUGUUGAUUGAUAAGAUCAAAUAUAACAGUAGAAAUAUUUUAAAAAAAUAGACAUUUCAGAAAGUUAAUUGUAUGAAAAGUGCAUAAAGAAGUCCUAUGUUCUUGAUAUUUUUGAAAAUAUUCUUAGCGUGAAAAAGUGAUAUGAAAUUAUUCAAUUACGAAAUACUAGAAAAAUAGAUUUAAAAAAAAAAUGGCGAAUGAUGUAAGUUGCGGUGCUGCACACUUGAUUUUAGCCGUUCACCAUACUUGUUUCAAAAGGGUUUCACCCGAAUUAUGUACAAAAGUCAAUUGAAGAAAGGUCAAGGUACAUAUAGGUGUCAGGUGUGAUUGUGACCGCACUCUCGUACGGCUUGUUCUAUUCAAUGAAUUUUAGGAAGGCAUUCGAAGAAAUUGUUUGGUUCGAAACCUGAGCGACAGAACAUUUAUUUUUCGCCGUUGUUUAGUCAUAAUUCUACAAUUUCACCAUCUUGGAGGUUUUUUCGUUCAAAUUUUAUUGAGUUGAUAAUUUAUACUUGGGUUUGUCAAAAUAGACUUGAAAUUCUGUCGGAAAUUCGAAAUAUUAGGGAAAGAAAUUUAUUGUAAACAUUUUUAUGGAUAUGGGGCUCACAUUUAGAGAUGUGUUUCCUGAGGGGUUUUUAAAAAAAUUUUUUUUUCCUAAAUAUGUAGGAAAUCACUAUACAAACUGGUUCACUUGAGAGUCAUGAGUGUUCAUUGUUUAAUCAUUUUUUUUUCUCAUGUAGUUGGCAACUCGUUAAUAUUAAAGUACUUUAUGGCUUUUCAUUUAAGGGUAAAAUUAGAAUCAUCACUUUUAUUACUUUUAACCUCACAGUUCAAAUUCUACUUAAAUGCUUAACGUAACAAUUAAUUUAAUAUUCCUAUAGGUGAGUUAUUUUUCUUAUCUGUUGGUUUGACACAUUGCAUCACAUUCUUAACCCUUUUUCCUCUAUAUUUUAAAUUGGGGUAAUAUGUUACAUCACAUAUCUCACCAUAUUUUUCCUAAGGCUUUAAAUAUUUGAUGGUGAUUAUUUUUUCCUCUUGUUUUCACGAUACACUAGUUUCAACUAACGUUCGAUAUAAAAUUUAUGGUUUAUAUUGGAUUGUAUUACAUCGAUAAACGACUUAGGUCUAAAUUUUAUGCUCGAAUCUCUAAUUCAUAAUUUUACUUCUUUUAUAAAGAGCAAAUAUAUUAGAAAAUAUUCAUCUACUGAUGCACUGUUGAUCUCACAAUUGCAAGAUUGUUUUUAUAAAUUACUGUCUUUCUACCAUAUUCUAUUGUUAAAAUUGCUUGGCCUACGGAUGUGAUGUAAUCCUAUUACAGUUGUAAUUUUAAAAUUUUUUGGCCUAAAUAUUGUAACAUUGUUACCAAUGUUUAUUCCUCAUUGCCUUGAUUUAGUAAUAAUACUUAUAGGUACUGUACACAUUUUCUGCCUUGUGUCUGAAGUGUGUGAACUGUUUAUUUUUCCUGGUUGAACUACAUCAGGGAAAAAAACUCCAUUGUAUGGAAUAGUUUAUUAUGGGUCAAUCAACUAACAGUUACAAUAAACUUUACUAGAUAUGUAACUUUUUAACUAAGAUUUCUAGACUAUUCUAUCAACGUAACAUUACAGUUCCAUUUGUAAAAGAGAUUUUGACCAUAAAGGAAAUCUCAGAUUAGUUAUUUUAACUAAAGUUGUACAUAUAGUAAACAGUCAGUACUUAACCAUAUGUUACGUAAAAAAUUUGGGCUUCAUCGAAUGUUUUAACAUCUUACAAACCUAUAAUAAAACUUAUAAAAGAUUGUAAAAGAAAAAAUACAAUCAUGUCACGCCUUCCUUAAACUAGAAAACACCUGAAAAUUUUACCAUCCUUGUUCAUCUUUUUAGUUCAACGGUUUGUAAAGUUCUUUGGACUGAGAAGCAUAAAUUCUAUAUAAUGCUUCUAGUUAUACUGGGAAAUAAAUUUGUUUUAGCUAUUGCUUAGGGAUUUUUUUUUUUUUCUUAAUGUGUUUUACAGUGUCCAGUUUUGUAUAGUCUAUAUUUAAUGUUAUCUAAAAGCAUCACAAAUAAAGAAUAGAAUCUGAAGAUGAAAAAAAAAAAAAACCUUAACGUGUUAUAAAAAUCAAAAUAUUUAGGGUAGAUUAGAUGUUGAGUAUGGUUUUUAGAAUUCUCAUGUGUGAAAAAACAAGAUUAUGUUUCUGAAGAUGCCAUUUUCAUCUCACUAUCACUCCCUCCCAACUAACUAAACUAAACUAUACAAUUUACAAGAUCUUAUUAAAAAUUAAUGAAUAUUUGAUAAAUGUAAUUGUGCAAAUGUUCACAUAAAAAUAGAGAAAAAGUCACCUACUUGCACUUUUGAUUCAAUUCUACAUUUUUGUCAAUCGUACAAUUUCAGUUUUAAUGGCAUCAUAGUAAUGUGCAUUCAUCAUUAUAAUUUUAAAAUAAAAAACAUUGAUGGUAAUAUUAAAUAAUAUGGUGAUAAUGUCAUACGUAGUUUGUAGGUGUUAAAAAAAACAAUUGUUUUUUAAAUUAAAAUUGUACCGUUAAAACAAAAAUUAAUAAUGUAGAACUGCAUGCUUAGUGAAAACAAUUGUAUAUAAUAUGAGGCAUAUAUCAGUCCAGAUAUUCAUAUGUCCAUUUAUGGUUAAAUAAUUUCAUGUAAAUUCAACAGAACUUGCAGAAAAAUGUACAUGAACGUGAAAAUGCACGACAUGUAUGUUAAAAAAAAUUUGUGAAUCCAUUUAAUGUUAUCUGUUGUUAUUGUUGUUAAAUGUAUUGGAUGUUCAUUGUUUUGUGUCAAAAAAUGUGUAAUAAUUGAUAUACUAAAUAGAAAAUGAUUUGGUAUUAUAGUUAUAAUGCCUUACAAGUACCUGUUUUUAUUAUAUUUAAAUUUUACAUUUAUCUAUUUUUUUAUGAAUGAAGGGAAUAUCAUUAGAUUUUUUGAUGAAAACGUUAUAGUUUUUUAUAAAGUAUGAAAAAAUUUUACUUUGAAAUUUGUUCAAAUUUAUAACAAUUGGAAUCAUGAUUCUAAAAUACAUGCUGAAAAGUCUACCAAACUUUGACACUUUCCAGGAAAAUAUAU